GAAGGACACUCCCACCUGUCUCUGCCGUAGUGUGGCGGGGGGCCAUUUUCUGCCUCUCUCCAACUCUCUGUUACAGUGCAUCUCAAACCCACACAAAUACCACCACUUCCGAAAAGCUCCCCUUUUUCCAGCUUUGAUCCACGCUCUAAACAAACCCAUUGUGUUCGUUUCCGGAUUCAGCUCAGGGAAAAUGAACAUUUCGUCGCCUGAAACUGAGGCCAAAAGAGCAAGAAUCCAUAACCAAAAAGAACCAGUGUGUGUCUUAGAUGCUUCCACUUAUGUUGGUUUUUGGAUUCUCAAAGGCCUUUUACACAGAGGAUACACUGUUCAUGCUGCAAUCCAAAACAAUGGGGAGAGCGAAAUAACGAGGAAGAUCAGAGAAAUGGGGAGGUUGGAGGAGAGAUUGGUGGUAUUUGUUGCAGAUGUUUUGGACUAUCACAGUAUUCUUGAGGCCCUGAAGGGUUGCUGUGGUUUAUUUCACGCCGUCGAUCAUUCACAUAAUUCAGAAGGAUAUGAUGUAAGGUUAUAUAUCAUCUGUUCCAAUUUAAAUCUGUGGUAUUCACCAAAUUUGCAGUUAUGGUAUGCACUUGCCAAAACACUUUCUGAGAGAGCUGCCUGGGCUCUGGCUAUGGAUAGGAUGCUCAACAUGGUCUCCAUCAACGCAGCUCUUAUACUUGGACCCGGUGUUACCCAUCAAAAUCCUGGAUCUACCAUCUCUUACCUCAAAGGUGCUGCCCAAAUGUACGAGCAUGGAGUUCUAGCCUAUGUGGAUAUAAGCUUCUUAGUGGAUGCCCAUAUAAGUGCAUUUGAGGACCCUUCAGCAUCUGGGCGAUACUUUUGUUUCAACAAAAUUGUCAAUAAGGAAGAAGAAUGUAUUAAACUCGUCGAGAGCUUAAAGCCUUUGAUUUCAUUACCUGAGGGAUACAACUGUGAAGAAGUUGCUGUAUAUCCACAGAGACUAAGGUGCAAGAAGCUUGGUAGACUAUUUAAUGGCAGCCUCCAUGCCAAGCAAAUGAUGGAAACUAAUUGAAGCAUCAGCCCUAUCUGUUUAAUAUAAAUUACUAAAUUAUAUGUGAUUUUAGCUGCUGCUUCCAGCCUUCCAACAUUUGUUACUCUGUAAGAUCCUUGCAUUAUGAUCUAUUCAUGGUAAGUGGCAUAUAGAAUUGCGGUCGUGCAUAUCUUCUUGAGAAAUAUGCUAAAAGUUAUCCAGCAAAAGAAUACAUCUUUAAUUACUA